UUUUUCAUUGCUCUUAUAACUUUACUGUUCUGGCUGCUUAUCUCAUGAUUCCGAUGCACAAUGUAAGUUUCCCAUAGUUUUGUUGGCCUAUUAAAUUCGGAUUAAUAAAUAUUGUAAAAGUAAAGGUUGACGGCGGAUCGUCGCUACAUAUAAUUUGGGGAUAGUCCUCUAUCCACGAUUACAACGUUAUUAUUCAAUUAUUGUUUCCGUAAUGGCGUCAAGUGGUGAAAAUCCAAUAGAUGAUAUAAGCGAAUCAAUUUCGUGCACAACUAUCACUAAUGUUUUGCCGGAUGCCACACAAAAAUCAAUUAUAAUAGACAAGGAAGUUGAUAUGACAAGUGCACCAACAAAAAAAUCGCGCGUUGAAAUUCAGUCGUUGCCAGCUAGGCAAUAUUUGGACCAAACUGUUGUACCAAUUUUACUACAAGCGCUCUCCAGUUUAGCUAAGGAAAGGCCACCGGAUCCAAUAAGUUAUUUAGCCUCUUAUCUUUUGCGAAAUAAAAAUCAAUAUGAUACCAGUGGAUCGCCAUCUACUGCUCAAUAACAUUCAAUAUAGUAUAUUACUUUGUGAAGAAGCGUACGAUAGUGCUGUACUGUACAAGAUUUAAUUGUGGUCAGUGACAAUGAGUAAUAUGAUUAAUAAAGAACUCAUGAUUUUAUUAGCUCUUGCUAAUUAGGAAUCAUUAUAUUUUUCUGA